AUGUCGACAUUUACGGUCAUCAUCGCCGUCUUGUCGACCCUUUGGGCCUCCAGCGUGGGUCUUCUUCACGGCUUAAUCUUGUCAUACCCACCGCUCCUCUCAACGCCCUCGCUGGAAAGCCCGACUCUGAACUGUCACUGUUCCCCGGGGACUUGCGAAUGCCGUCGCUUAACUCCAAGUCCCAGGUUCCCACCUACCAACUCCCGCCCGAAGCGAGGCGGUUUCGGCCGCUAA